AUGAAUAGACCUAGUCGUGCGGCCUAUGAAGAAAAGGCCUAUCGAGAUGUUUGGGAUGGCGGACCCUACACAAGUUUUGACAUGCUUAGCUAUUUGAUCGGGAAAAUUCAAGGCCCAUCUGAGGAAGAAAAAAUGCAGAAAUUUCUUUUGAAUCCAGGAAUCCUUCAGACGAUAUCGGAGAAAGAAUUAAACCGAGACUGGAAAGAGGGUGUCCUAGACCCUCUCUUUGCCGGCAGAACUGGCUUGUGCACAUCAUUUGCCAUCAAGGUGGUGAACGUGUUGAUGAAGCAAGCCAGCAACUACGAUUUUGUCUUCUUCGACCUUGGCACACACAGGCUGGCUGAAUGUCAAAAUUCCAAAACUGUUAUCGACUCGAGUGUCAGAAGCCCCGGCAUUUUGCUCUCCGUUACCCGCAACAAGUGGGAGAUCCGUCCGAGAAGCCAGCGCGGUGGAAAGCUGCCUGUCAGAUCUCAUAUUGCUGAAAACCAGGAUGCAAUUAAUCCAAUGCAGGCGGGCGAUGCUCUCAUCCGUUGCCUUAAGGAACUGAUAAGACUGUCACAGACGCCAGAUUGGAGCUUUUUGUGCUUUUUCCGUGGACAUACUAUUCCCGACGACAUCCCCACAUUCGACGGCAUGAUCAGAUGGCUCCCAUGGAAAAAGGCAAUCGUGUUGAGUUGGAGAACGCCCGGAGAGACUCGAGAGACACUGAUCAGAUUCGGAGGGGGCACGGAAGAAACCAAUCAAACCUGUUUGAACGAGUUUGAAACCUUUUUGCGGCAGGGCAGGAGAGGAUUUGACCGGUCGGACCAAUUCGAGUGUGUCGCAGAAUGGCAUUAUAAGCUGUGGGAGGUGGCCAUCAACGAAGGAGUAUGGGGCCUGCCGGUGAAGCCGGAAAAGGUCCGCCGCUCUCGCCCUCGUCUGCCUCCAUCACGGACAACGACAGGCCUCGCCACCAUCCACGUGUCGAAUAUAAGAGAUGCCAGAACUAUGCACCAGAAUAUGCAGUCUGCCCUGAUUACUCUGAAGCGCCAGCAGCAGACCCGCCUUCUUGGGAAAAUUCCCCAUAACCUUAGCAGACCUUCGCCUAUGAAAAACCGUGCUGUGCCAAAUUACCUGAGUACCAUCAAUAACCCAGGUAGCAGGGCUCGGGUUCUUCAGAGCUUUUCAGAACAUGUAAAGUGUAAGUAA